AAAAAAGGUUUAAAUUUUAUUACAAAUUAAUUUCAUUAAAUUUACAAAAUGAUUUUACAUUUUGUAAAUUUAAUUAUAAUUUAAAUGAAUGAAAUUAUUAUUCGGAAGAAUUGAAAACAAUUUAAUUAAUUAGGGCAACACGGAAGUGAUUAUAUUCUUGUUGUAAUAAUUAAUAAGCUUAUUUGAAACAAUUAACAAUCACAAUUUGUCCUUUCAAAAUCUCAGUAAAAUUUUCACUCAAUUUGCAUAAUUAUGACACAUAAAUUGUUUAGGAUUUUACACUUGAAUCCAAAAUCGAUAAUCAAUCAAUUGCUAUCAAUCAAUUAAACGAGAAAAAAAUGACUUAAAGAUGUAAUUGAUUCAUUUCUGUUUACCAAAACAGUUUUUUUUUCACUUCUACUCUGUUGAUCAGCUGAUUUUCCUUUGAUGUGUAAUUGAUCCUCAUUUCUGUCAAUUGUUGUUCACAAUUUGUUUGUGUUAAUUGUGAUUUAAACGAGUGAUUAACGAUGAAAGGUUGCAUUGUUUUGAUAAUUGGUCUUCCAGCCAGUGGUAAGUCAACAUUUACAACAAGAUUAGUUAAUUAUAUUAACCGAAAUCAUGUUGACAUGAAAUGUUUGUAUUUAGACUUUGAUAAAGUGAUUCCAUUGGAGAAACAGAAGUUAAUUGUUAAUCAAUUAGAUUCGUCAUCAUCAUCAUCAUGGAAAGAGAAUAGAAAAUAUUUCAUCUCUUCAUGUGAAACUUAUUUAUCUCUUCUAAUUAAUUCACCAAAUUCAUCUCAUGGAUCAAUUCCAAUUAAUGAAACAACCAAAUAUCUUGAGAAGAUCAUCCAACAAAUUCCCUUGGAAAAUAUUGAACAUUUUGAUUAUUUCUGUUUGAUUGUAGAAGAUAAUUUCUAUUAUAAAUCGAUGAGAGAACAAUUUUUCCGUUUAUCAAGACAAUUUAAACUUGGCCUUUCACUGAUUACAAUCAACACUCCAAUCGAUUCCUGUUUGAGACGAAAUAAAAUAAGGUCAAAUUUUGUAGAUGAAAAAAUAAUCAUCCGAAUGGCUGAUCGCUUUGAGAGACCCAAAAAGGAUGAAUUUGGUGUUAACGUUGGUAACGAAAUACAAUUGAUGGAGAUUAGUUAUGACGAUGAUGAUGAUGAUCAAUUGGAAGAUGAAAAUUAUGAUGUAACCAUUAGAUUAAUACGAAAAGCUUGUGAAACUCCGAUAGAGAAUCAAAUUCAAGAUGAUGAUGAUGCUCACAAUCAACAGGAAUCAAGAGAAAUGUCCAGAAAGGUAACAGCAAAUAAUUUGGUUCACAGAUUUGAUAAAUUAUUAAGAUUAAGUGUAAACAGGAUGAUGGUUAAUCCAAUGGUAGUUAAUUGUAAUCAUGGUAAUAUUGGUAAACAGCUUUCAUCAAUACGAAAAGUAUUGUUGAAAAAAUUUCUUAAUAAUCAAUUGGAUCCUGAUUUUGGUGAAGCCUUGAUUAAGGAGGAAACGUUGAACCAAAGAUUAAUUGAAAUGGUUUGCAAUUUGAUUGAAUCACAAUUGGAAGAGAGGAAAACACUGAUUAUUGGAGGAAGUGGUGGAAAAGGUGAUUGCAUUUAACACUCAAUUGUGGAUUUUGUUUUUGGAUGUUAAUAAAUCUGUAAAAUUUGAUUAUGUAAA